AUGGGCGGGCGGAGCCGCCGUCGAGUGACGUUAUCUUUCGCCACGCUGGCGUUUCUUCUUCUCGCCUCAAUCCCAGCUCUGGGCUUUGCCCCAUCUCGCCACUUGAGCUUCGGAGUAAAGAAAAUAAGGGAGGAAGUGGUUGAGCGGCUAAAUACGGCCAGGCGGCGACUGGGUGGGCCCGGGUCAUCGCCACCGGUUUGCAGAUCCAAGUGCGGGAAAUGCGGGCCGUGCAGCCCGGUUCAUGUACCAGUUCAGCCUGGGAUGAGUAUGCCACUCGAGUAUUAUCCCGAGGCAUGGAGAUGCAAGUGUGGGAACAAGUUGUUCAUGCCGUAA